UCGCCUCGCUCUCGCCUUCCCCAUGCCUUAAAUUGUAUCUCCACCCGCUCGUUCUCUCUCUCUCAUUCAUGGAGCUUAGCUGGGUUUCUCCGCGCGCGCUCUCUCUACUUGUCUCCUCUUCAGCCGCCUCCUCUUCUCUAUCUCCUUGUCCUUGUUCUUCUUCUUCCUCUUCUCCGAGCGUUGGCUUGGGAUUCUGGUCCCGGGAGGGGAGGAAGGGGAUCGGUCGGGCGAGGGUUAAGGCCUCGGCGGAGCGGAGCGAGGAAAGGAUCGAUGGCGGGAACGGCGGUGAGCACAGGCGGAGGGGGUUCGCCGGCGGACGUCCCGCGAUGGAGGUCUCCACCUCAGCCUCGCCUUCCUCCUCGUCCACGACGACGACAAGCAGCACGACGGUCACCGAUUGGAGCUUUGGGGGCGGGGAUUCCGAGUUCCCCGUUUGGGAGAAGCUGGGAGCCAUCGUAAGACUCAGCUACGGAAUUGGAAUUUAUGGGGCUAUGGCGCUGGCGGGGAAGUUUAUAUGUUCGAUCACAGGGGUGGAUUGUACGGGAGGUUUCCAUCCGUCGCUACAAGCUUUCGUGGAGGGGUUGGGUUAUGCAGCUCCACCAAUCAUGGCUCUACUCUUCAUCUUAGACGAUGAGGUGGUGAAGUACUCACCCCAUGCUCGUGCCAUUAGAGAUGUGGAGGACGAGGAGCUUCGCAGCUUCUUCUAUGGCAUGUCACCAUGGCAGUUCAUACUCAUGGUUAUUGCAAGCUCUGUGGGAGAGGAGCUUUUCUAUCGUGUUGCUGUUCAGGGGGCAUUGGCUGAUAUGUUCUUGGCGAGCACAGAAUUCAUGAAAGAUGCACGUGGAAUCGCAUCUCUGACUGGUAUGCUGCCUCUCUUUGUCCCAUUUGCUCAAGCAUUUGCAGCUGUUAUCACAGCCGCCCUUACAGGAUCACUUUACUAUGUUGCAACUGCUCCGGAAGAACCUACCUAUGUGGUUGCACCAGUUUUACAGUCUUGUUCUGGCCGUGAAGACCUUAAGAAGAUUUUUGCAGUCUGGCAUGAAAAGAGACAAAUGAAGAAGAUAUACUCUCCCCUUUUGGAAGGACUACUGGCUCUUUAUCUUGGUGUUGAGUGGAUUCAGACGGAUAAUAUUCUUGCUCCUAUGAUCACACAUGGGAUAUACUCUGCUGUGGUACUGGGGCAUGGACUUUGGAAAAUUCAUGACCACAGGCGUAGGCUGCGCCAAAGAAUCCGGCAAGUAUGGGUGGAAGCCAGGAAUUCAAAGAAAUCAUAAACGAAGACGGAUAAUCAUCAAUGUUUGCAAGAAAGAAGGGGUGCUUUCACUUGAACUGACACGAGCCCAGGGCUAGAACUCUGCAGUGGAAUGACUGCACAUUAUGUAACAAAGAGCGGAUAUCAAGAACAGCCUCUAAUUUACAAUUGUAAAUAUUUAAUCACGUAAGCACAUGUAUAAAGGAGAGGUAUUUUGUAUACAGAUACUGUAUCAGAUAUAAAAGGGGGCUUGGUUCCAUCUUAAGGCAAAC